CCAAUUAAGCCAAAAAGAAGAAAACUCAUAGAUUUUUCUGCGCCACAACCGAAAAUAAAAUUAAAAAUGGAAGCCGAAACGGAGCAGAAAAUCGAGGAAACGGUGCGGAGAAUCCUGGAGGAAUCGGACAUGGACGAGAUGACGGAGUUCAAGAUUCGGAAGCAGGCGUCCCAAGAGCUGGAGCUCGACCUCUCCAAGCCCCCAUACAAGGCGUUCGUCAAGCAGGUCGUCCAGUCCUUCCUCGACGAGCAGAAUCAGAAGGAACAAGAAGCAGCGCAGAAGGACCAAAACCCAGAAGCCGAUGGUGCACAGGAACGGGAGUACGAUGAUAACGGCGAUCUCGUGAUUUGCAGGCUCUCGGCAAAGAGGAAGGUGACGCUUCAGGAAUUCAGGGGGAAGAAUUUGGUGUCGAUUAGGGAGUUUUACUUUAAAGAUGGGAAAGAGCUUCCUACUGCCAAAGGAAUAAGCUUGACAGAGGAGCAAUGGUCAGUCUUCAAGAAGAAUGUACCUGCUAUAGAGAAGGCCAUUAGUAAGAUGGAGUCAAGAAUCUAGUGAGAAUAUAGCAUCUGGAAAUUUCAAAAUCCUUUUUAAUCUAUAUUACGUUGUUUGUUGUGAUGAAAUGACUUGGCUUAGGCUUUGGGGCUUCAAAUUGGUCACUUGAUGUCAGAAUAUGUUGUUUAGAACUCAAAUACUGCUGUCAUGUUUCUAAUUAGCCCAUCAUGUUACGAAAACAACCUGUUGUGAUCUCUGUUAUCUACCGAAAGUUUGUAGUUUAUCUUUGAAACCCUAAGUAGAAUGUCCUAGCUGAUAUGAAGUGUGUUGUUCAAUUGUUA